GAAGACAGCGUCGGCGGCUCUGCAGUGGAAUACGCUGUUAUUUGAGGGAAGGUGAGAGCUCUCGGAGUACCGACACGCGCGCUUUGAGCGAAGAUGUGUUUCAGGACUUGAUGGAAGCAUAAUAAAAUAAAGUAACUCCUGGGUUCUUCUCACUUCACAAAAAGCCUCACUCGAAUCCCCCGACAGCACCAGAAAAAAAGGGAAUAACAUCUGUUUAUCUGCAUAUUUCUAUGUUCAAAAAACAAGAGGGAAAAACACAGAGCUCGACAGAGGACACGAAACAUCUCAGAGCAUGCGGAAUUAGAAAGAACAAAUUGCCACUGGAGGACCAAAGGGAAAGCAAACCUUUUCUAACAGAUCCACCAGUGUGGAGUCACCUCACCUGUACCUUCGGAUUAAAGAGCAGGGUCAUGUCCCAGUUGCCAUGCGCAUCGCCACGCUGACCUGCCUUCCCGGCCCCUCCCCCUUCCUCUUUCUAUUGGCCCAGCUGCUGCUGCGGCUCCUCCUCCCUGGGCCGGAGUUAGUGGGAGCCGCCUCCACCUGCCCCUCCCUCUGCACCUGCUCCAACCAGGCCAGCCGAGUCAUCUGCACCAGGCAAAACCUGGAGGAGGUGCCAGAAAGCAUAUCAGUCAACACGCGAUACCUCAACCUGCAGGAGAACUCAAUACAGGUUAUCAAGUCGGACACAUUCAAGCACUUGAGGCACCUUGAAAUCCUCCAGCUGUCCAAGAAUCAGAUACGUCAGAUUGAAGUUGGAGCAUUCAAUGGCCUGCCCAACCUCAACACGCUGGAGCUUUUUGACAACCGCCUCACGCUGGUGCCAUCACAUGCCUUUGAGUACCUCAGCAAGCUGCGGGAGCUGUGGCUGCGCAACAACCCCAUCGAGACUCUGCCAGGCUAUGCCUUCCACCGUGUGCCCUCGCUACGUCGCCUGGACCUGGGUGAGCUCAAGAAGUUGGAUUUCAUCUCAGACGCAGCUUUUGUUGGCCUCAUCAAUCUGCGGUACCUAAACUUGGGCAUGUGUGGGCUGAAAGACAUUCCCAAACUAACAGCUCUUGUGCGCUUGGAAGAGCUGGAGCUGUCAGGAAAUAGGCUGGAGAUCAUCCGUCCCGGCUCCUUCCAAGGCUUGGUCUCUCUUCGCAAGCUGUGGCUAAUGCACUCACAGGUUUCCGUCAUUGAGCGCAAUGCCUUUGAUGACCUGAAAAACCUGGAAGAGCUCAACUUAUCCCAUAAUUCCCUCCACUCCUUGCCCCACGAUCUCUUCACACCCCUUCACCAGCUAGAGAGGGUACACCUUAACCACAACCCCUGGGUGUGCAACUGCGAUGUGCUUUGGCUUAGUUGGUGGUUAAAAGAGACGGUGCCGAGCAACACCACCUGCUGCGCUCGUUGCCAUGCUCCACCAUUCUUAAAAGGCAAAUACAUUGGAGAGCUUGACCAAAGCCACUUCACCUGCUAUGCGCCCGUCAUUGUGGAGCCACCUACAGACCUCAAUGUCACCGAGGGUAUGGCUGCCGAGCUGAAGUGUCGAACGAGCACAUCCACAACAUCCGUCAACUGGAUCACCCCUAAUGGCACUCUCAUGACCCACGGCUCCUACCGCGUGCGGAUAUCGGUCCUGCACGAUGGCACGCUCAACUUCACCAAUGUAACCCUGCGAGACACGGGCCAGUACACCUGCAUGGUGACUAACGCUGCUGGAAAUACCACUGCAACCGCUGUCCUCAACGUUACUGCUGCUGAUGUUAGUGUCAAUUACACCUAUUUUACAACAGUUACUGUGGAAACUGUGGAUACUGUUGGAGGUAAUGAUUAUGCGUUGGUUGCCAUCAAUGAGACCUUCAUCCGUGUUCCACCUGGCCCCACUCCCUCUGAUUUGUGGCCAGACGGUGUUGCUACCACAGACUCCUCUCUGCCUAUCAGCUGGUCCUCCUCCUCUCCCCGCGCCACUCGACCCACCUUCACUGAGCCCAUCACAGACGCUACCUUAAUGGAUGAUGUGAUGAAGACCACCAAGAUCAUCAUUGGCUGCUUCGUAGCCAUAACCUUCAUGGCAGCCGUGAUGCUGGUGGUGUUCUACAAGCUUAGGAAGCAGCACCAGCUGCACAAACAUCACGGCCCUGCACGUGCCAUCGAGAUCAUCAAUGUGGAGGAUGAGCUCGGCGCUGGGGCCAGUGGUCGGGGCAGCGGCAUCUCAGGCGGAGCCACCGUGACACAGAGCGGAAGCAGUGGAAUUGGAGGUACCCAGAGCCUCAGGCUGCACCACCCAGAGAUAGUCAACUUGCCCAACCUGGCUCGAUCGGAGCACCUCAACCACUACUACAAAACUCAUCACUUCAACAACAACAUGAUGGGCCUGGGCCUGGGCACAGGAUCUGUGGGCCUCAACAACAAUAACAACCCCUCACCAUGCUCUCAGUCACAGAACAUAUCCUGUUCCCAGAUUCCAACCUCCACUGGUGGGGGAACACCGACAGGUGGCACUCUGCCCUCCCCAGUGCCCCUUCCUCAACUGGGUCUCCACAAUUCUCUGAAAGGCCUGAUGGGGAAAGGCCAGAACGAGCCACUACUUUUUAAGAGUGGCUCCAAGGAAAAUGUGCAAGAGACUCAAAUCUGAGUGAAAGUGAGGGUAGAAGUAUGAGGUAAGAGGAAAGGGAUGCUGGAUAGUGACAGUGAUAUAGAAAGUACGCGAAUAUUUGAACUGACUGUAGCCUAUACCGUCCUCGUGGACGGGUUUCAGAAAAAAAAGAUGAAAUUUCUCGUAGUUGCUGCUUUGUAUUGUCAAUCUUGGCAGGUAGAAGCAGAUAGGAAGACUGAAGGAGACAGUACUGCAUCUGAUCAGUCCCACAAAUAGCAUCUGAACAUAAUUUUACACUAAGUCAGACACCAACACAUGGAACGAUCACCACAAAAAUCACAAUCAUGUGCGCAACCCGCUAUAGUCUUUGCCAAAGUCCAAGAUCAAGCCAACUCUUUUCACCCAGUGGACAGCUAUGAACAACAGCCUGUAUGUUUUUUACAGAUAGCUUCGUAUAUUUCCAGACACACUCAGUGUAUAUAUUUAGAGGGAGACAUAAUAUUGGCUACUGAACAUGUUUUCAGAUUAGUGUUUGGCAGAGACUCCGAAUAACAAACAAUGAUUUGGGUGAGCAGUGCUGUCCCAGGUUUCCAGGAAGCACUAAAAUACAGAGCAGAGCAGCGAUACUGUUCAGAACACAGACUAGUACUUUGCAGGGAGAGAAAACAACAGCAAUUGUUUUUUCCGAGUGGUUUCACUUCUCUCUCACUUUCUCACUUUUUUCCCUUUCACACUUUACUGGCUACUGUCUUCUUUGAGGGAAGAAAGCAACAGAGUGGGCUAUCAUGGGAGGAGAGAAACCCCGUGGCAUGAAGGACAAAGAGCGAUGUAUUAAAAAAAAGGACUAAAGUACAUAUUAUAUAUACCGUAAAUAUAUUUUCAUUCAAAGAAGUAAAUUAUAAAGAAUCUUUAUCAAGCUUCUGACUAAAAACUACGACGUCUGAAGAAUAUAUUAAAAAGAAAAACACACACAGUUGUUUUAGUGCCCCCCACCCCACUGCCCUCCCCCCCCUCCCCCUUACUACUUCCCUCAACUUGGAACAAAAUGGCCACUGACUGUGCCGCAUAAGGACACGUGGGAGAGUGGGGGAAAAAAAAACAACAAAAAAAAGCAAAACAGACAAAAUGUUUGAGUGAAUUUAUUUUGGUCUUGACUUUUUUGUAGCCACAGAGCGUGUUUUCCCCUCUCCUGUCGCAUUCACAUAAACAGGGUCACCGGAGAAGGGACGUGUUUAUGCUCUACUGCGAAAAUACGAAAUACGACAACGGCUCUCCAUCGUUUGGUACAGCUACAGCCUAGCGGGAGUGUUAAUAAUAAUAAUCGGAACGGUAAUAAUGAUAACAAGGUUUAGCUUUAUUUGUCAUAAUGAACGUUUAAUGAUUAGCACAUGAAAUGACACAAAAUGUUGCACAUGCUGAUUUAGCAUGCUCUACAGACGUCUCCAGAUUUGAUUUCAGCCAAUCAUUUGAGAUUUAUCCAAGGGAUUAUGUUAUCAUUAUUAGCAUUCAUGCGACUAUUAUUAUUACUACUUGUGCCUACAAAUAACUGAAAAGUACUUUUUUUCAUUUGUAUAUGACGCUGAAGUUGUUUAUGACUGAUCCUGUUGGACUUCGGCUAAUGAACAGCAGCGGGACGGCGUGCCACUACUCCACAUGCAUCAGCAGGAAAUAACUUGGCCCCCUCUAAAUGGCUUCCUCAGUCCAGUUCUCACCAACUCCUCCAACUGUCUCAAGCAGUCAGGAACCCUCAUGUUUGUCACACGUUAAAGACAGGACACGAACCUUUGACGAAGACUGCAUCUUUGCAGAGGAUUAUCUCGCAACUGUAUCUCAGUGUUAUCGUGUGUGAGUGGAUUUCAUGGCAGCAGGGAACUACUAAAUGGACGACAGGCAUUGCCAAGCAUUUCUAAAGGUAAGCGAUGCUCGUUCAGUGAAGAGGAAGGAAGUGACGUGCAGUACAGGAAACAGAGAUGGGGGGAACUUUUUUUCUAAAGAAAAAGUACAAUUAAAUGAAAAAAAAUAUAGAACCUUAUAGAUCUCUUUUA